CAACUCAAGCAAAAAGAACACAUCUAGAAAGCAAUGCGCGCGCAAAAUUAGUAUUCUGUGUUUCUAAACAUGGCAGGUCGUAGUGGUUUUGAUGAUGGAAAUCCGAGGGAUUACGGUGGCGGGAGAAGAACCGCGGGCGGUCGCCCCUUGCCUACAGAGCCACCUUACAAAGCCUAUGUUGGAAAUCUACCAUCUGGAAUUAUACAAGGAGACAUUAACAGAAUCUUUCCCGACCUGAAAAUUAAAAAUGUGAGGUUAGUAAUGGAUAAGGAAACUGAUAAAUUCAAAGGCUUCUGCUAUGUGGAAUUUGAAUAUUUGGAGGAUUUGAUCAAGGCAAUUGAAAUGAAUGGUGCCCUUAAUGUAGAUGGAAACUGUGUUAAAAUUGAUGUAGCUGAAGAAAAGAGAAAUGAUAGGGGAGGUUUCGACCGGGGUCGGCGGGAUGGUGGACGCGAUGGUGGUCGUGGGGGAUUCAGACGGGAUGGAGGCCGUGGUACGUACGACCACUUCGAUGCCGUCGGUCGUGGCCCAAGGCACCAGGGUGGAGGGUUCGCACAUGAACGCGAGCGAGGAGGAGGAGGAGGCCCUGGUGGUGAGAGAUGGACUGAGCGGGGCCCUCGUGGGUCCUCAGAGGAACCCCGUCCAGGCGACUGGGGCCGAAUGGGGCGCUCAGGGCCUGCCCCGCCCCCUGGCGGUCAACGCCCAAGGAGGAACUUUGACGAUAUGCCGCCCUCUAGGCCUGAUACCACUGGUAGGCCAAAACUAAAACUAGAGCCAAGAACAGUAAAGGAGCCAGUAAACUCACUGGCGGCCACAAGUCAGGCCUCUUCCAUAUUCGGCGGCGCACGACCGCGGGAGGAACGACUUAAAGAGAUGAGGGAGUAGAUACAAGCUCUAAUAAAAGCCGAUAAUACCCUCACGUGUAUCAACUCUUAUAAAAUCAUAUCAUGUAACCUGGUGAACUGCCAUGAAAAUAACAUGUGCUAUGUGUAGAGACACAUAUCUUUGCUUCAGGAAGCUGAAUGGGACGGUUUUUUAUAAGUUUUUAUUAUUCGUCUGUUAAGUGUUUUCUUAUGGUUUAAUAAUUACAAAACACUUUUGGUUAUAAAUGUGGUAAAUGCAAGUAAUUUUCUAUACCUUGCUUGUCACUUUUCUGUAACACCUUUUUUCCAUUAAAAUAGGAUUUGGAAAUAAAAACCUUAUUAUAUAUAUAUUAAGGUUUACUUUAUUACUACAAUAUUUGCUACCUUGGAACACUAUUUUACAGACUUAUAUGACAAUAAAUUUGUUAUUUUUAAUAUUUUGAUAUUUCAAAUUACAGUGAUCUUCUAUAAGAAGAUGUACCUGUUAUAAAUCACCAUACAUUUUAUGAAAUAUAUUCAAUAAUCUAUGUCAUGUAGGUCUAAGUAAAAUGUAAGAUAUGAAAAAAAUUGUUUUAUGUAACCGUGACAAAUAUUUUGGGUAGCCAUCCAAAAUAGUAAGAAAAUAUAUUUUUUUUACGACUACACUGUUUUUAAGUUAAUCUUUUAAGGAUGACGCAUUAAGACGAACAAGGCAGCCUAUAUUAUUUUUAAAUAAGAAAUUGUGUUUCACUUAUGACUUUUUGACUUGAAAUUUUGUGUGCCUAUUGUGCUUGAGUUAAAUCUAUGUAUAUAAAGAGUUGAAUACGUGAGGGGAUAAAAAUGGCUUAAGUUAGAUAAAGUUUCAUUCUGUGUACAUGUAUCGUCCUAUCUCGCCUGCUGUUCUAUGUAUGUUCCAUUAUUUAAAUGAAGUUUCAGAAACAACUUGUAAAUGUACUGGAAGGAUUUUGUUAGGUUGUGAGGUUGUAAAUCAUUUUUAUGGUAUAUUUUGUUAGCUUUGUUUUAUCUAUUGAUAGAGUACCAUCAUUUUCUGUAUGGUUGAAUAUAGUACUCACCAUUGCCAGCCUAAACUUCAAUGUAUAAGUUAUCAAUCUGCAUAAUACCAAGGUUAUUGUUGAUUUGCUUUACUCAUUCUAUAAACCCACAUUUUCUCAUAGGAUAUUUUAGGUGUCUCUACACUAUUUUCUUUUGUUUUAAGUUGUUAGGUUUUGAAAAUUGUUCUAACAAUGUAAGUUUGAAUCACCAAUGAUGAUUCAUUUAUAUAUAAAUUAUCUUCCAUGUACAUGAUUUCUACUCUAUACUUUAAUGUGUGUAAUUUCAUGAAACGUGGCAGUAAAAAAAAUCGCAAAAUUGUAACAGGUUAUAGAAAAAUAAUAAAAAUAAAUUCUUUGUA